AGCAGCCAGCACGGGGUAGAAGCAGUGCCUGCCAUGGAGGAGGAUAAGCUCCCAUCUGAGCUGCCUGAGGACAGCGGUGCCACCUGGGACCCCAGCCUGGAGCCUAGGGAGGAGUCCGGGGUCCAGAAUGGAAUGGCAGACAGUGUGGACCUGAACGGUAGCCACAGCACCCCAGGGCAUGAGCUGAGGGGCACCCUGGCGUGCACGGAGGAGCCCGUAAGGAGCCCGGACGUGGCCCUCCAUAGCCUCAGCCUCGGCCUCGGCGUCUCUCUCACCAAUGGUCUGGCCCUGGGGCCAGACCCGGACAUUCUUGAAGAUUCUACAGAGUCCAGGCCCUGGAGGGCUGGUGGGCUGGCAGAAGGAGACAGUGCCCCCGGGAGCCUCGGUCUGGACAGCGAGGACCCUCGGUUGGGGCUGGAUGGCCCUGCAGAGCCGGAUGUUCGGGAUGGCUUCAGCGCCACGUUUGAGAAGAUCGUGGAGUCAGAGCUGCUGCGGGGCACCCAGUACAGCAGCCUUGACUCCCUGGACGUGUUGAGCCUCACGGAUGAGAGUGACAGCUGUGUCAGCUUCGAGGCCCCCCUCACGCCCCUCAUCCAGCAGCGGGCCCGUGACAGCCCGGAGCCAGGCAAUUCCUUGGGCCCCGUCGGCGUGGGGCCCGAGGGGAACAUGGGAGCAGCAGGCGGCGGCGGGGAGCUGGGCAGCCCCCUGCGGCGAUCCAUCUCCGGCAGCCGCUCGGAGAACGUCCUGAGCCGCCUGUCUCUCACGGCCAUGCCCAAUGGCUUCCACGACGAUGGACCCCAGGGCCCGGGCGGGGAUGAGGAGGAGGAAGAGGAGGACACUGACAAGUUGCUGAACUCGGCCAGCGACCCCAGCCUGAAGGAUGGCCUGUCUGACUCGGACUCGGAGCUCAGCAGCUCAGAGGGGCUGGAGCCCGGCAGCACAGACGCCCUGGCCAACGGGUGCCAGGGGGUCAACGAGGCUGCCUGCCGGCUGGCUCGUCGCCUCUACUACCUCGAGGGCUUCCAGCGCUGUGACGUGGCCCGGCAGCUGGGCAAGAACAACGAGUUCAGCAGGCUGGUGGCCGGGGAGUACCUCAGCUUCUUCGACUUCUCGGGCCUGACUCUGGACCGAGCGCUCAGAACCUUCCUGAAGGCCUUCCCGCUGAUGGGGGAGACGCAGGAGCGAGAGCGGGUCCUCACUCACUUCUCCCGCCGGUACUGCCAGUGCAACCCUGAUGACAGCACCUCAGAAGAUGGCAUCCACACGCUCACCUGUGCCCUGAUGCUGCUCAACACGGACCUGCACGGACAUAACAUCGGCAAGAAGAUGUCCUGCCAGCAAUUCAUUGCCAACUUGGACCAGCUGAAUGAUGGCCAAGACUUUUCCAAAGACCUGCUGAAGACCCUUUACAACUCCAUCAAGAAUGAAAAGCUGGAGUGGGCCAUUGACGAGGAUGAACUGAGGAAAUCCCUGUCGGAGCUGGUGGACGACAAGUUUGGGGCCGGCACAAAGAAGGUGACGCGGAUCCUGGAUGGUGGCAACCCCUUCCUGGAUGUCCCGCAGGCGCUCAGCGCUACCACCUACAAGCAUGGCGUGCUGACUCGGAAGACUCACGCCGACAUGGAUGGCAAGAGGACGCCCCGUGGGAGGCGUGGCUGGAAGAAAUUCUAUGCGGUGCUCAAAGGGACCAUCCUGUACCUGCAGAAGGACGAGUACAGGCCUGAUAAAGCUUUGUCUGAGGGUGACUUGAAGAAUGCCAUCCGGGUGCACCAUGCUCUGGCCACCAGGGCCUCCGACUACAGCAAGAAGUCCAACGUGUUCAAGCUGAAGACAGCUGACUGGAGAGUCUUCCUGUUCCAGGCGCCGAGCAAAGAAGAAAUGCUGUCCUGGAUCCUGAGGAUCAACCUGGUGGCCGCCAUCUUCUCAGCGCCCGCCUUCCCAGCUGCCGUGAGCUCCAUGAAGAAGUUCUGCCGGCCCCUGCUGCCCUCCUGCACCACUCGCCUCUGCCAGGAGGAGCAGCUGCAUUCGCAUGAGAAUAAGCUGAGGCAGGUGACUGCGGAGCUGCCUGAGCACAGGAGCCGCCCUGCCGAGAGGGGCCCCAAGUCCAAGGAGGCGGAGGAGAGCCGGCUGAAGGAGCACUAUCUCCUGUUCGAGAAAAGCCGUUACGAGACCUACAUCCACCUCCUGGCUAUGAAAAUCAAAGUGGGCUCAGACGACCUGGAUCGGAUCGAGGCCCGGCUGGCCACCCUGGAAGGGGACGACCCUUCCCUCCGAAAGACACAUUCAAGCCCUGCUCUCAGCCAGGGCCACGGAACUGUGACUGGCAGCAGAGCCAGGAAGGAUACCAGUGGAAUGGAUACUUAG